AUCAAGCCACACCCACAAGGCUAAAGGGUGGAGUCAGUUGUCUCCUGCGUCUUGCCAUCCACUUGAAGAAAUAUGAAGAAAUGAGAAUCACCCACAGUGAUAGUAGCAGCCAAUGCCUGCAAUUCCGUUGGAGCUGUGUGCACUCCCCCGGACGCGUUCCGGCCACGCCCCGUGGGAGGAGCCAGCAUGCCUCAUGUGCCCUCCACCGUUACCUCUAUGUCUCCGGGGGCAAGGAGAGGUACUCGCCUCUCAAAGACUUCUGGAGACUGGACAUGAUCACAACUUCUGAUUUUUGGCGGUACAUUCUUUGAAAAUGAUGAUGACAGCCCCCUUUUGAUAUACAGCACAGACUUGAAUAUGCUUCGUGCUGUGAACUAUGAUUCUUCACAAGAAAGACCUGGGGGUUGUCGUGAGCACUCUGCUGUCAUUCACAAAGGCUUCAUGUACAUAUACGGAGGGUUCACAGACAGCUCUGGCUCUAUCAAUGAAUUUUGGGCUUUUGACAUAGCUAAAGAGAACUGGAAGCACUUAUCAGGUUCAAAGCCUGGAAAACGUCAUGGUCACAUUGCAGUGACAUACGAGAGUCUCAUGUUGGUGCAUGGGGGCAUGAAGGAUCUCAUGGCCCUUGCUGAUUUGUGGAGCUAUGAUUUUGCCCUUCACACUUGGAGUCGCAUCAAAGGGACAGGAACCUGCCCCACGUUGUCAGGACACUCAGCCAAUGUGGUCAAUCAGUACAUGAUCUUGGUUGGUGGAUCAAAACAUGGUCAUCUGUCACAUGAAGUCUGGCUUUUCAAUUUCGAAACUGGCUGCUGGCGCCAGGUCCUCACACCUGGUGGAGAGUUUUUUGCCCCGACAUCGCUCCACACCUCAGUCCUUCUGAAAGCUCCUUCGCUGAAUGAGGUCGUUGUUGACCGCACAAUGUCUGUUCCUCAGCUUAAGGCCACACCCACGUCACUAGCCACACCGAUCCGUCCCUGGACUAGUCCUGCGGUCAGUUCCUCAGGGGCCUCAGGAGUUCCUUCAUCUUCAUCUGAUCAUCACAUAAACAUUCUACGUCUUAGCAGCUCACAAGUAACUUCAGAUAAAAACAACAAUAGCCAGGAAAAUCUUUGCAGCUCUGGGAUUGAUAGCCAAAUCCCUUUUCAUAGCUCAGAUCAAAUUAAUUUUCAGACUGACUUGGAUAACUCACAAUGUUCUGGAUUUGAUCAUAGUUUCAUGGAAAUGAAACAGACUACUCCUACCUCACAGCCUCACCCUGAGACUUUUGAACUCCAAAGUUUCAACUCUAAGCCUACUGGUCAGUCUCUGCGUAUUCGACCAGCAUCCUCAGAAUUUUGUGGGACUGGUCUCCCUUUACUGGAAAGAUUUCAAUCUGUUAGUUCUGAUGCUGACAUCGGCUUGGAUAACCCAACUUUGACUUUGUCAGAUGAGCAUUUGCCCAUAGUCAAACAGACUUAUUCUCUGCACAUGGACAGUUUGAGUCCAUGCUUUGAGGAAAACCAGUCUAAUGUAUCCCCUUCACAUGGCAUUAGUUCUGGUUCUGUGAUAUGGAGUCAUCAAACUCAAAGUCAUCCCGUGUCUGACUGUUGUGAUACAUCAGAUAUAUUCCGCUCUUCAGGAAUCUCAUGUGCAAGAAACAAUAACACCUUCAACAGGUCAUCGUCCCAGGUGGAAUAUGACGAUAAAUUGAACAGAAUGAAUGAGACUGACUCUAGCUUUCCUGCAAAUAGACUUUCAGAUCGGUUUCCUCAGCUCCUAUUUUCAGGAUCCUCGCCACCUUCAUGUGGAAUAGAAUCUGGCUUGUAUGUAGCCAGGAAGUCCAGAUAUAUACAAGAUUUGUUUGUUGAAGACUUAGAGCAGAUAGACAAUGAUUCACUAAUUCAGAAUGUGAGCAUUGCAUAUCCGUCCAGUUCUGGUCAGAAAUCAGCCUCUUUGAGAGACAUUUGUAACUUUUCCAGUAAUAUUCGUGGAGGUGAUAGCAUGGAAUCUUUCAUUUAUCAAAACGGUACACAGAAGAAAACAAAUUUGUGUGUGAAUGUUACUGCUAAACAAAUGGGAAGCCUUGCAGUGAAAUCACGAUCAUAUUCUUCUGUUCAUGAUAAUACAGAGAACUGGGAUACAGCAACAUCAUCUUUUAUGGGCAGCUCACAGAGGCAUAAUACCUCUGGUAUAAAGGUGCCUUCAGUCAGAGGUAAAUAUGCCAAGCACAUGGGAAAUGCUGGAAGUAAAAAUCAUAUCUCACAUCGGCUAAAAAACUCUCCCAGAAUCUUUGAGUCAGCAAAGACAUCUGUGGCCACUCAGACUGGCUCACAGUCAUCAGUCAACCAACUGCCAUCUGCAUGCAUUGCUAGCAACGCACCACGAUGUUAUGAUCACUUCAUGGCUCUAGCUGCCGAUGACAAAAGCCAAGGAGAAAAGUCCACAGGUUCGAGCAAUAGUGAACACACUGAAUCCACUUCCCAGUCAUUACAGGACAAAAGUGCAGUUCUGGGGGGUUCUGAAGUGGCUUUAUUGGUGAUUGGAGGGCACAGAGAUAACCAUUGUUUUCACUCUGAGCCUUUGAAAUUGUUGAAGUGCCACCUGUAUUGAUCAACUCUUCUUUCAUUUGGCUGCACUGUAGCCUGCCCAAAAUAUUGUGUGGGGGGGGUUCUGUAACAAUCAGCUCAGUUAUAAGCACAUGUCGAUAAGCCAAAAAAAACCAAUGUUUGCGGAGUCAUUCUUGUUUACCACCAUUUUACAUCCUUUUGUCCGGUGAUAUGGACCUGUAAAAUUGAUAGGAAAAGUAACAGAACUCAAUACAAAUUUGUUGUUGAAGCAUGUUUAUACAUAAUACAUCUAUGCAUAAUAUUGAAUUCUAUACUUUUCCUAUAUAUCCUUAUGUAAUGACAAGGUGGUGUCGGGAGUCCAGUGGUUUGGCUGCCAAAAUCUUAAUCGUGAGAUUUGUGGGUUCGAGGGUUUAAAGUUUAAAAGCUUAGUUCGUUUAAGUUUGUAAAGACAAUGGUAAGUGUCCAGUUUUAAGAAUUCUACAGCUUUUAGUUUAUGGCUGAUGUAAGAGAAUGUUCCAUUUAUCCUAUUAUGUUAGAAAAGCUUUCAGUUUCAGUAUACCUGAUUCCUAGUAGUACAUGCACAGGGCUCGUUGGUAUUCUAAAUUUGUUCUGGCUUUAGAGUAGAACGGUAUCCAUCACCAUUUUGUAAAAUAGAGGCUAUAUUGUGGUCUCCGCUCCAUCUGCAGUGUGUGUACAGAUUACUUGUGAACUUGGCAUUUGUGCUGGUUGGGUGUUGGCACACACUGGUAAUUCUAGUUGCAGGAACUGGUCCCUACAAAUACCAAUGUAUAAAAAUGGGUGGGGCCAGAAGGAUGAUAAUCUUUUUCUCCCAUUCACGUUCUCCUUUUCCUUACCUUCGGUCAGAUUAUGUAAGCCAUUUGUGUGCCUACAACUUCCCUCUCCUCACAUGUGUAUCAUACUGUAGAGUCAUUUUUGGUAGAUCUGAUUUGAUGUUCUUUAAACAAGAAAUGUUCUACUGCUCAUUCAGCCCUUCAUGCUGAUCUCACCUUGAUUUGUGAAAAUGUUGAUGAACAAAAAAAAUCUGCAUAACUUAUAGAUCUAUGUGGAUUAACACUAAAACCUUAGAGUGAUAUUCACAAAACAGAGCAUGUUGGAAUAUGCAUGUAGAUUGUAGAUAUUUGGUUUCCAUAUUAGCUGUUCAAAUUAAUUAAUAAUUCCAAGAUGUAGCUUAUAUUCAGAUAAAAUCAUAUUAUAUAUUUAAGCAACCAAAUGAAUUGUACAUUGUACUCUCUUCUUCUUUGUCCACCACUAUUUAUUAUACUAUAAGUAUAAGCAGUAAUAAGAUGCACAAGUUAUUUUAUUUGAUAUACAUUCUGUAGAAAAGAUGCCAUAAGUCAGUACUGGAUUACAAUGUCUGUCUUUGCUAAUUCAAGUAAUUCAUUCUACGAGGUCUGUGGUGCAGGAAGGGUGGGAAGUGAGCGUGGAUUUAGGUUGUGAGUACUGAGUGCUUCAGUCGAAAAAAAUGCAUUUCUUGACCACAGUGAGAUCAUAACUAGCUGCUCAGGUAUCGGUUACACUUUUACUUUACUUUUAUCCAUGCAGCUUUGAACUUACACUACACUAAACAGCAAAUGCAUACAUUUGUUAAGAGUGGGUUAACCCACUGCGCCGGGGCACUUUUUUGGUGCUAAAUCUAAAAAUGACAAGCGCAUCGCUAGCCUACUGAAUAGGAGCGAGUCACACUGUUCUUCACUCAUUUUACUCAUAAGUUAUAAUAUAGACUAAUAUACAAGUGAGAGAUUUUUGUGAUAAUUUAUGAAGAUUGAAGAAUACCAAUUACCAGAAUGACCGCCUCAAACCAAGGCCCUUUCCUGUCACAGGAUCCGAUGAUGACUCUUCCCCACCAUCAUGCUGCUUCUCAUCAGACUAAUUAUGAGCAGAAAUUCUUUACAAUUUCACUUGUCUUUGAUCAAGAGAUUGCAGUUAGACUAUGUGUGGGCUGAAGUUUUACUUCUGAAAAGUGUAUUUGAUGAGCUGUGACAUAGGCCACAUACAUAUGCAAAAUGUGUGUGAGAAGAGGGAAAUGCUGUGAAUGCUUCCUUUUUCUGUGUGAUGAAGAAUCUAGCCUCAAAGACUAAUUGAUACAAACUGCUGUGCAAAGUAUGGGUGACAUUGAUUCACCUGUAAAAGGUACUUGAGGAUAAGUUGUGUCAUGAAUUUUUAACCAUUGUAAUAAUUGUUUUCCCAUGGAAAUGGAUUUGUCAAACUUAUAUAUAAGGUCUUAUGAACAAACUUUUUCAGCUCAGCAGAUUUGAUUUUUAAAAGUAAAGAACAAUUUUUUUGCCUCCCUCUAU